AUGCGGCUCCUCUUCCACGCUGCGGUUGCUGCAUCGUCACCGCCGUGGCCCGAAAUACACAUUGACAGGGGCCGUCGGACAGAGACCGAUCUGGACUCUGGCAUAGUGCUGUCCGGAGAUGUCCUUGCGGCUGCAUUCAUUCACUGUGUAGAUGCUGUUCCCGACAGGAGUCCUUCUUUGGCGGCGAUCUGCCUCCUCCCCUCCCCUCCCCUCCCGAUGCGUGGAUGCGUGCGCGCAUCCAUUCAUCCGUCCAGGACUCCAAACGUCCAUCCUGCAGAAUACCUUAUGCGUGUGCACCGCGAUAGGCGGGACCCAAUCGUCCUGUGCGACGUCGGAACGCCUGGUCUGAGUGCCCCUCUUGGUGAUGACAGGCAGGUCAGACUUGCUGCAUGUUAG